CCCGGUGACUUAGAACUCAGAGUAUUUAAGAGGUUGCAGGAAUGGGCUGAGAAUGUCUUUUGCUUUCUCCGCAGACGGGCACGCUCUCAUCUGAUUUGGGCCAUCACCGAGCCAAGGCGCAGAGUGAAGGGGAAAAAAGAAACUCUGCCACUAUGUGCUACGGGAAAUGCGCACGAUGCAUCGGACAUUCUCUGGUGUGGCUCGCCAUCGUCUGCAUUGUAGCUAAUAUUUUGCUGUACUUUCCCAAUGGGGAAACAAAGUACGCUUCUGAAGACCAUCUUAGCCACUUUGUGUGGUUCUUCUCUGGCAUCAUAGGAGGAGGUUUGCUGAUGCUCCUGCCAGCAUUCAUCUUCAUGGGGCUGGAACAGGACGACUGCUGCGGCUGUGGCGGCCACGAAAACUGCGGCAAAAGAUGUGCGAUGAUUUCUUCUGUACUGGCCGCUCUCAUCGGAAUUGCGGGAUCUGGCUACUGCGUCAUUGUGGCAGCACUGGGCUUAGCGGAAGGACCAAGAUGUCUUGAUGCCAGUGGCCAAUGGAACUACACCUUUGCCAACACGGAGGGAGGUUACCUUCUGGAUAGCUCCACAUGGUCCCAAUGCAUUGAACCCAAGCAUGCAGUGGAAUGGAAUGUCUCUCUGUUUUCUAUCCUCUUGGCACUUGGUGGAAUUGAAUUCAUCUUGUGUCUCUUUCAAAUAAUAAACGGAGUGCUUGGAGGCAUCUGUGGUUAUUGCUGCUCUCGCCAACAGCAAUAUGAUUGCUAGAAGACCCACCCCAAGAUAAAACUACAAUCUUCCUCAAUGUCACUGUAAUUUAUAUAAUUUACUUGUAAUAAUUUGUAAAACUUUGUACUAGUGUGUCAUACAGCACAUGUUCUACUUUUAUAAGUGUGUGUAAAGACUGGCAUCUUCACGGGAUGUCAGUGUCUGAACUUAGCAAAGAAAUUCUUUUUUUUUUAGGAAUAAGAAAAUAAACCACACUCUGGAGGUAAUUUACAAACUGAGUGACAGUUCUCAGCCUACAUGAGAUAAACUCUGGCCGAGGUCAUGUUUUUUCAGAAACAUUACAAGGAUAAAUAUCACAUUCUGAUUACUACUGUAAAUAUUUAUAUGUGCAUGUGUUUAUGAAAUGAAAGAUUUCUAGUUGCUUUUUUUAAGACCGUUAAGGAGAAAAUCCAACAACCUGAAAAGAUGUAUUUUUUCACUGUUUAUAUGGUGUUUCCCAUUUGCAUGCCUGCAAAUCUCUAACAAGGGGCCUUUUGAAUUGAUUCAUGUUAUAAAAGAGACAGAUACUUACCUGGCGUGGGAGGACAGGUUGAGAAUGCACAAAGCCAAAUGAAUGAGUCAAAAUACACAUGCAGCGAGUUGUCGCAAGGACUACCAGAUCCUGAAUUUUCCUAACACGUGGAAAGCUUUUCGUCCUUCAAAGACAAGACUGAGGAUCAUGGAUUUAAAACGAGAAAGGCCUGGAUAAUUGGACAAGAAGGAAGAUGGGGAACGGAAUAAAGCAGUUGAUUAGCAUCAUGGGAACAUGGGGGAGGAAGGGUGGGAGGACCAUGAGGAAAUACCACCACCCCCCCAAAUUUGCUUGUUUAAAUACAACAAAUAAAGUAUUCACUACCA